AUGAGCACGGCGGAAGACAAGGUUAUCAAGGUGUAUGGGAGGUGUGCAUGUGAGGCCCUCUGCCAUUGCACCAUCUGCCGCAAGUGUUCAGGCGCGCCUGUCUCGCACCUCAUUGGCUUUGCCAACCCGCGGUGUGUGAGUGUGGCACCGAGUAGCUUCUUUGAAGCCAACGGACGUGAUGCUGAUGUAUCGGCUGCCGAUGAAGAGGCUACCUUUGCUGCCCUCAUCUGCCACAAGACCUCGGAGACCAUGUGCCGAUACUCGUGCCCACACUGCGGCUCCUCGCUCGUCAACGUCUCGCUCCUUCCCGAGUCUGCUCCGCCUGGCCCCUUCCGUGAUCUGCCUACAGGCAUCCUCGAGCAUGACGACAAUGGCAAGCCCAUUGGCUAUGCUGACUUUGCCCCGCAAGCCCACAUGUUCUACACCCGCAGGCUUGCCGACCACCUCGACGGCCUCCCCAAGUUUGGCACCUACCCAGGCACCGACCUUGUGCCCGAGACCGAUGCCGAGCCAGAGUCGGCUGCCUAGUUUGAGCCAACCGCAUCCGGGCUGGCCACACUCGGGCUGGACACACCCGGGCCGAUCACGCCCGAUCACGCCCGACCAAGCCCCACCCGACCGAGCCGACCGAGCCGACCGAGCCUUCGACGAGUCGCCAGCAGCACUCUACGAUCAGUCGACACACAUACCCAACCAAACCCUGACCCGCCGCCA